GAUAGUGGGAAGUGGCCGUACGCCGGUGUCUCCCUGGUUGCGCAAGACGCCAUUUUGGGGUGACAGUGAGAGAUAACGGAAAGAUCGAGAAGCUGUCGUUUUAAAGCUUCAUCACCAUGGGGAAUGUAUUUGCGAGCUUAUUCAAAGGCCUGUUUGGCAAAAAAGAGAUGAGGAUUCUAAUGGUGGGGCUGGAUGCGGCUGGAAAAACAACUAUCCUAUAUAAACUCAAACUCGGAGAGAUAGUCACCACCAUUCCCACCAUUGGUUUUAAUGUUGAAACUGUAGAAUACAAGAACAUCAGCUUCACAGUUUGGGAUGUGGGCGGUCAGGACAAAAUCAGGCCGCUGUGGCGCCACUACUUCCAGAACACUCAAGGGCUCAUCUUCGUGGUGGACAGCAACGAUAGGGAGAGGGUGAACGAGGCGAGGGAGGAACUGUCCAGAAUGCUUGCUGAGGACGAACUCAGAGACGCCGUGCUGCUCGUUUUUGCAAAUAAACAGGAUCUCCCCAACGCCAUGAACGCUGCAGAGAUCACAGACAAGCUGGGCCUGCACGCCCUCCGCCAGCGCAGCUGGUACAUCCAGGCCACCUGUGCCACCAGCGGAGACGGCUUGUAUGAGGGCCUCGACUGGCUCUCCAACCAGCUGAAGAACCAGAAAUGAUCCAUUCCAGCAGUUUUGAAUUAUUAUUUUUUCGUUUGUUUGUUGUUUAUUUUUUUUUCUGUUUCGACACAGCGGCAGCACCGGAUCCAGGCCCCCCUCUGCGCCCCUCUAGCUCCUCUGCCCCGGCUCUUUCUUUCAACGCCUUCCUCCUGCUUUCUCUUCCUCCUCGUCAGUACUCUUGGGGCUCUAGCCUGUGCUGCUUGUGUGUGCACGUGUGGCUGUGGGUGUGUAUGCCUGUGUGGAUGUGUGGGUGUGAAGGCGUCUCUGUGUAUGCUGGCUGGGAUCGGGAGUAACCCUGGCGUGCCUUUUACACACCUCCUGUGGAAUCAGCAGUCUGGUUUUCAAGCCCCCCUCUCUCUCUCUCUCUCUCUCUCCAUCCACCAAACUCAGUCUCUGCCCCGCUCGGCCUACCCCCCUCCUCGCCUAAUCUCAGUCUUGCACGGCCCCCCCCACCUUGACCCUGUUCUGCCCCGCCCUUACUCUUCAGAGGAAGCACGGUUUUCAUACGGCAAAGAAAGAGCAAGGGUGCAACCCCCCACUCCUCCCUGUAGAAUAUAUCUAUGUUGACUAGAAAUGCCCCCCUCCCUCCCACCUUCAGUGCUUAGGUGUUCAUUUUAAUCUGAUUUUUGAGACCUCAAACCCACCAAGAGAUUCAGUAAAUUGCAUCUUAACCUGUAUCAGGUCGAAGCAAAUGGAAAAAAAAAAACAAAAAAUGGAAAAUUAAAAAAAAAAAAGUAAGAAAAGAGAAAAUCCCAUCCUUGAUCAUUCUGGUGUCAUCUGAAAAUCAUGCUGUUUGUUUUAUUAAUAUUAUUAUUAUAUUGGAAUAUAAAAGAUUAUUCUUAGCAAUGGUUCUCCAGUGAACACUACCUUUCUCCCCUCCCACCACUAAGUGAGAGCGUGAAGCACAAAAGAAGAAAAAAUUAAAAAAUUAAACUCUACGAGAAUAUGCAAUUCUUGACUUUGGGUUGCUGGCGUUUAAAUCCUGGGAUUAAAUUAGGAUUUUCCUUUUUCUUUUUUCUUUUUUUUUUCUUUUUUUUUUGGAGAUGACCUUCAGUGUUUCCAUGCCAGAUACAAGGUGUUGGACAUUUCGCACACUUCAGACUGAGGCAGGUGUCCUAAUACAUUCACAGGCAUCACAUGUUAUUCCUUUAAAGAGAUGUUACAUGUUUUUUUUUUCUGUAACUAGUUUUAGCAUUUCUAUUUGUACUUUGACUGCUGAACCAAAUGCAUUUGAGCAGUAUGACAAAUCCUGUAUACGGAAGUAGAAAGUGCAUCCUCGAGGGCCUCAGACGAGUUUUUUUCUUCUCACCAACGGUUGGCACUUUUAUUUUGAAAGUCUGAAAGCAUCCAGCUGUGUGUGAUCUUUUUUUUUUUCUUCCUGGUCGGGAUGAAGGAUUGGCACCAAAAAAAAAAAAAAAAAAACCAUGAUAAAAAAUAAAAUAAUGAAGGCUCUCUAUAACUGUGAACGGUCCAGACGUCUGGGUGUUUACAGGCAGAAAAGACCAACACAGUAAGUACUCUGUCGGAGGCUCGUCGGCGAGCUGGAAGGACUUGGUGGUAGACCUGUUGAGGGGAAUGGGUGUGCAGUUAGCUGGUCGUCCUCAGUGUUGAACCAUGGGGGUUAGAGCUGGCACUUCUGUCAAGAAUGAUUGUAAAUCUGUAAGUUCCCCUAUAAACUGUUUCUGUGGGGAUUUCCUGAACACAUUAAUAAACAUGAUUUGAUCCAA